GCGCGUGCACGCCCGGGUGUCCGUCCGCCAUGGAUUUGCUUUGGCUCGCCGGCUUGCUGGUGAGCUUGUGCGCCCGCUUGGCCUCGUCCGACCGCCACAGCGUCUUCUGGAACAGCACGAACCAAAAGUUUGUGUGGGACGACUACACCGUGGAAGUCCAUCUCAACGACUACCUGGACAUCGUGUGCCCGCACUACCCGCAGGGCGAGGUGGCCCUGCUGGACGCCGAGCGCUACGUCCUCUACAUGGUGGAGCGCGAGGACUACGAGUCGUGCAAGCCGCAGUCGUACGACCAGAUGCGCUGGGAGUGCGGCCACCCGUUCGCCCCCCACGGGCCCGAGAAGUUCUCCGAGAAGUUCCAGCGCUUCACGCCCUUCACCCUCGGGAAGGAGUUCCGCCAAGGGGAAAGCUACUAUUAUAUCUCUAAACCUUUACACCACCACGGAGAAGAGUGCCUGCGACUAAGGGUGAACGUCGUCGCGGCCAACGGCUCUCAGGAGGCCAGGGUGGCAAAAGGAGGGACGGCGGGGGACGCCGCGGGAGCCGGGGGUGGUGCUCACAACCCGUCCAACAGACUCCCUGCAGCAGACGACCCGGUGGUCAGCCUCCCCGAGGUCCGGAAGAGCGUGCGGACCAACUCGGCGGCGGCGGCGGCGACGACGACGACGUCGCUCUCCGUCCUAUCGUUGCUAAUCCCGUUCUCGCUACUCCUCCUGCUCCACUGAGAGAGCUCUUUUUCUUCUUCUCUUCUUUUUUUUUUUUGUUUUUUUUUGUUCCAUUUUUGUUUCCGGAACCACAAUGAAGGGACUGUCUGCGGGGUUGAAAACCACCGACCGCUCGAGCUUCAGCCCUUGUGGCCGGCCACAGGGCGAGCCGGGAGGAGAAAAGAAUAGACGGGGCCUCGCGAGCCCGGAAAACAAUCGUGACAAAACGCCGGAAUCGAACCCGCUGACCCAAAGAUUCGGUGGCCUCCUCCGUCUUGUGCGCUAAACCCACCCGCCCGGUAAUCGCCGACCAUUAGUGUGCUGUUGUUGUUGCCGUGACGGUUUCCGGUGGCGUUGGUGUCCGAAACGAUUUUGUUUUUGUCCCCCCCCCCCACACACACACACACGUUCCGAAAUGUAGCAUUGACGGACUGUUGUCGUGGCAACCACACAAUCACACACUAUACACUCGCCGCCAUCGAAAAAACUGUUUGUACAUUCUGUGAAGCUGAUUUAUGACAUCGCAUCGGGAGGUUUCCUGUACAUACCAUGCGCUAAGUGAGAGGUGUGUGUGUGUGUGUGUGUGUGUGUGUGUGCAUGAAUGGUUGUGCGUAUGUGUGUGUGUGUGCGCGUGUGUGUGUAAAAGUUGUGCGACAAAAUGUUUUCCUGCCCAAAACAAACACUGACUUGUUGUGUGUUUUUGUAUCUCGGAGAGAGGCUGGCCUUCUCUUGUUUGUUGGAUCUCGUCUCACCCCCCCCCCCCACCCCACAGCCCCCGCCCCACCCCCUACAAAUAAAUAAUAAUCCAAGCUAAAAUGAAUUCAACCGAUAAGCUGUUAAAGGGUUCAAUUUCGGAUGAAUUGAAAAGACAAAAGCACAAUCGUGAGCGUUCAA